AACUUCAGCAGCAGCAAGCGGAACUUGAAGUGCAUCAAAGAGAUGGGCUGUCAUCCUAUGACUUAUCUCAGGUGCCUGUUCCAAGUAUACAAGCUAACGUUCAUGAGGGUGGGAAGUCUGUGGAAAAGCCUGAUGCUAUCUUCUCCCAGGAGAGAGAUCCAAGAUUUGCCGAGAUGUUUGCUGGAAUAGCUGCUUCAGAUAAAAAAAUGAUGGCCUCAGCAUCCACAGCGGGAAACCAGCAGCUUUACUCACAGGGAAGCCCAUUUCAGCCAGGACAUUCGGGAAAGACUUUCAGUUCAUCCGUGGUACAUGUGCCUGGCGUGAACGACAUCCAGUCUUCCUCAUCAACGGGCCAGAAUCUGACACAGAUCUCUCGCCAGCUGAACCAGAGCCAGGUUGCCUGGACAGGAAAUCGCCCACCAUUUCCAGGACAGCAAAUUCCAGCUCAGUCUGGCAAGGCUCAGUCAUCUCCCUUUGGGAUCGGAACGAGUCACACCUACCCAGCUGAUCCAUCGUCAUACAGCCCCCUUUCCAGCCCAGCCACCUCUUCCCCCAGUGGGAAUGCCUACUCCAGCUUGGCAAACCGAAGUGCAGGGUUUGCUGAAGGUGGCCAGAGCAGUAGCCAGUUCCAGGGGAGACCUUCCGAAGUCUGGUCCCAGUGGCAGAGCCAGCAUCACAACCAGCAGAGCGGCGACCAGCAUUCGCACCCGCAGCCCAGUCAGACCGAGGUGUUCCAGGACAUGCUGCCAAUGCCGGGGGAUCCGACGCAGGGUACCGGCAACUACAACAUCGAGGAUUUUGCUGACCUGGGCAUGUUCCCACCGUUUUCCGAGUAGCUUGCGAAGCAGAAAUGGAAGUUCUUCUCCAAGGCCAUUUCAGUGUAAUUUUGGCUCUGCUUUCUCUGUGUUGCAUUUCUGUAGAAGCUACUAAAACCGAAGACACAUUUCUUGUGUUUCAGAUAGUGGUGUAGGGCUUGCUCUCUCCUCCUUGGCGUGUGUCAGUGCCGACAGAGGAGCUCCAGCACUUGGUAGUGUUCAUU